GGCCAUGCUGUCAGUACUAUCACCCCCUCCCCCUCCUCCGGUCUCCUCCCUCGGAGCCGCCGCGCUCUGUACCCUCCUCCGGGCUGCCCAUUCUGCAGGCACCGAGUACCCGGGAGCGGUUUAUACGUGGUGGAAAUUGACCCUCCAUUCUGCAAAACAUUUCAGCUCUGCGAACUUUCUGUAGAACCUAGAACAUUACAACCACUGAUCCAUCAAGAACCAUUCCAUUGCCUCAUCUAGGCCGAAGCCUCCCCACCAUGGCUCCUCUUUUACACAAUAUUAGAACGAAUGUCUGCAGCCAAGGACUGCACUGUGUUUAAUAUGGAUUCUGGACCCAACACAACGUCACAAGUACAGUGAUCUCUCUGGAAUUAUAAUACUGGGCCCCGGGGGCCAUCAAACCUACACAAUUACCUGUCAUCCCAAGAACAAAGCAACUGGACUCUAGAACCUGUACUAGACCUGAACCUCUUGAACAAUCUCUCCAUAAGGAACCAGAUAAGGUUUAAAGGAGAAGUAUUGUGGCUGGAAGAAAUUGUCAUGAUGGCCCGGACCAGAUGGAGCAAAGAGGGGGACGACGCAGAUUUUUGAAGACGUAUCUUGUGAGUUGCUGUAUAAAGCAGCUGUAAUCUACAUACCCACAGAGGAAAAAGUUCAUUUUCAUGACAGUUCGUCUGCUCCACCGUCUCAGCGCAUCCGUCUUAUUCAUCAGAUCUUUUCUGAAACUGUCAGGUGACAGGUGACCCGCUGUAGCGAUGACAUGCACAGGAUUCCAGUGUGAUGAGCGGAUCAGGAUCUAGCCCCGUCAUUCUUCCCCAUCUGACACCUAUUCAGGAGGGUCCUGUCGACUCAAGAUCCCCUUAAAGUUUUUGGACUUGACUGCUUCCAUGGGAAACUGUGUGUGAGGGACAGUCUACAGGAGCUCUAUGGAACAUUGAUGUCCCUGAGAGGAGUGUAGAGGCAUGCUGGUUGCUGACCAUGAAAUCUGUCAGAGAGGUAAUGGUUUUUCGACGACCAAAAUGAACAGUAAACAAGGAUGGAGAGCCGGCGCUGCCUUCCUUACUGUCAUGUUCUGCUUCGGGAUGUUGUGGUACUUACAAGUGGACACCUACAUACCCAGGUCCUAUGUAAAUGUCGGAGCCAUGUGCGCUCCAGGUGACGUCGCUUCCAAAGCAGCUUCUAUGAUCAGCAAUUACUCCAGGAAUCACCCCGUCUUCUUGGCGAUGAGCGACUAUUUCUGGGUGAAGAACGAGUCCCGCUAUCCUUUACCGUACGGCAUGAAAGGAAGUGAGGAUCUACUGAUGAAAUUUCUGGCGUUGUCUAAUCGAUACCACGUGCCUCAAGAUAUAGAGAGGUUGCGGUGCAGACGGUGUGUGGUGGUCGGAAAUGGACACCGGCUGAAGAACAGCUCUUUGGGUGAAACCAUCAAUAAAUACGACGUGGUGAUCAGAUUGAACAAUGCUCCGGUCCACAAAUACGAGAAGGACGUUGGCAGUAAGACCACCAUGAGAUUCUUCUACCCAGAAUCGGCCGACUUUGACCCUCAGCUGGACAACAACCCGGAGACCCUGCUGGUGCUGGUGCCGUUUAAGCCUCUGGACAUCCAAUGGAUGAAGAUUAUUCUGAAUAAUGAAAAGAGGGUCCGUAAAGGAUUUUGGAAGAUGCCCCCUCUAAUUUGGGAGGUGACCCCUCAAAAUACACGGAUCCUGAACCCCUAUUAUAUGGAGGUGACAGCCACCAAGAUCCUGGACGUCAUUAUCGCUGAGCAGAAGGGCUCAAAAAAGAUGAAAGCGAAACCAACUACUGGCAUGUUGGCGAUCACCUUUGCCCUCCACUUCUGUGACCUGGUUGACAUUGCCGGAUUUGGUUACCCAGCACUAUCCAACAAGAAGCAGCCGAUUCAUUACUACGAGAAAGUGACUCUAAAAUCCAUGUCGGAAUCCGGACAUAACAUCACACUAGAAGCUAUUGCAAUAAGGAACCUGCUCCAGCACCAGCUCAUUCACAACCUCACCUACUUCUGAGGGGUCCUGGAUGUGGUGAACCCCCCGCAACUGUGAGGACAGUAUGCUGGACACGCUGCGCCUGGCAGACUCUACAAGACUUAUGUGCAAUACCCACCUUCCUAAAACCUUGUACAGAAUCUCUCCCUGCACUGGGCGGAGCGGCUGUCACUGGGCAGAGCGGCUGUCACUGGGCGGAGCAGCUGUCACUGGGCAGAGCGGCUGUCACUGGGCGGAGCGGCUGUCACUGGGCGGAGCUGCUGUCACUGGGCAGAGCACUCUGCACCGCGCACACGCACGUUCUGGGCUACUAGAUGGAGAAGUGUUGACUAAACUCUUAAUUUAAUUUUAUAUUGAUUUUUUUAAAGAACAAAAACCUAUAAUAUUUAUUUAAUACUUUGGUGCCAUUCGCACCGUGACGAAUUAUGGAUGACGGUGGUUGUUGCCGCCCUCCUCUGUAUAGAGAAGACGAUGAAUGAUAUGAUAGAUUUUGGGAUUUCUCUGCGGCCUUGGAUCCCUUACUUUUUUUUUCUUUUUCUACACGAUUUUCACCUUCAAUGUAUAAUAUUUGUAAAUUUUGUGACUUUUCCCUGAAGGAGAAGAUUGGAUGAGACGCUGGACGUAUCGGAUUAAAGGGGCGGGACCCCGUGCUAUGUGCCAAUUCUAUGUUCUCAAAUAUUUAGGGGGCAGAAAUAUGUGGAUACGGAGGUCGUCAGCCCUUGUCUCAUCAGAUGACAGGGGGGAGGGUGUUGGUGACAUCCACCAAUAAUAAUAUGCUGCUGCUUUUAUGUUUAGCUCUUUAUCUCCUAUUGGUAGAACUGGAAGAGAACUUCAUAUUAAAUAAUUUGGUCCUUGAGUCCAUUUCGGGGGCCCUUGUACCUUCAGUGCCUUGAUUUCUCAUUUGUCCAUUGUUAUAAUUGCUUUUAUGGUAACUUAAAUGCAGACUGAAAAUGACUAUAUAAAAUCUAUAUGGAACCUUAGUUCCACCCCUGAGGAUCAUUCUGUAUACACACUAUUGAGUAACUUUAUAAAUAAUUUGCCUUUAUAGGAUUUAUACUCCAGUCACAUCCAGAGCUGAUUUAAAGGUGUACUCCCGUGGAAAACAUUUUUUUUUUAAUCAACUGGUGACAGAAUGUUAAACCUUUGUAAAUGACUUCUAUUUAAAAAUAUUAAUCCUUCCAGUACUUAUCAGCUGCUGUAUAAUACAAAUGAAGUUCUUUUUGAAUUUCUUUUCUGUCUGACCACAGUGCUCUCUGUCCAUGUCAGGAACUGUCCAGAGCAGGAGCGGUUUGCUAUAGGGAUUUGCUCCUGCACUGGCCAGUUCUUGACACUGUUGUAGGGUAUAAGGCCCCGUUCACACGGAGUAAUUCAAGAGGAAUUUACUCGAGUAAUUCCUCUUGAAUUCUCCGCUCCAAAUUAAUGCCCAUCUCCUCUGCCCAUUUCUGCUGUCCUGUUCACACUGCGGAAAUUCUGCUAGCAGAAUUUUGACGCUGAAUUCCGUUCCGCUGUUCAUUCUUCAAGCGGAAUCCACUAGCAGAAAUCAAUUGAAGUCAAUGGUAAAAAAAAAUUUCGCCCGACAUCGUUUUUGCGCGCAAUUUACGUGCAAUUCGCGCGGAAAUGGCUGAACAACCCUUCACUUCUCUCUCCCCCAUUUCCGCGCAAAAAUAACAUUCUUUUUUCCACCGUAAAUUUUUCGGCGUGAAUUACUCUUGAUUUACUCCGUGUGAAAGCACCCUAAGUGUGAACACCACCUUCUUUGGAAACAUUCCCCUCCUAUUGGUCAGUGACUGAUCGCUGAGAAUAUAAUGACUGACACUUUCCCCACCCCUUCGAGUGAAGGGGUGACUUCUCUUCCGCUUCUACCAAAUCUCUUUUUUUAAUUUUUUAUCCGUAACAAGCAAAAUAAAAUAAAAAAACACACACAACCCUGAAAACUAAA